AUGCCCGCAAUGCUCGACGACCCCACCGCCGCCACCCUCCCCACCCCAACCCCCACCUCCCUCCCCGCCCCAGUACCCGUCACCCUCCGCGACGGCACCCCCGCAACCCUCUACCCCAUCUUCGCCCCCUCCUUCCUCCCCACCUCCCUCGUCACCUUCCUCGCCGCCCAGUUCAACGCCGAGAUCGCCCGCGGCGACACAUAUCCGCACGACCAGCCGCUCGCGGCGGACCACUUCCGCGAGUACUGGUUUGGCGCGUUUGGCGCCGUCCUCCUGACGGGUGCGUAUGAAGAGGGCGUGCUGGAGGAUGAGGGGAGGGACUGGGAGAGUGUGUGUUUGGGCACGUUUUAUGUGAAGCCGAAUUAUCCGGGCAGGUGUGGGCAUGUGUGUAAUGCGGGGUUUUUGACGGUGCCCGCUGCGAGGGGACGUGGGUGUGGGAGUGUGAUGGGGAGGGAGUAUUUGAGGAUUGCGAAGAUGCUGGGGUACACAUACUCGGUGUUCAACCUGGUGUUUGAGACGAACGUGGCGUCGCUGCGCAUCUGGGACGGGCUGGGGUUUGAGAGGAUUGGGCGGGUGAAGGGUGCGGCGAGGUUGAGGAGUUAUCCAAGGAGGAUGGUGGAUGCGUUUAUGAUUGGGAAGGAGCUAUGA